AUGCUACUGAUAUUCGAAUGGGCGGCGAGGCCUGCCUGGGAGUCUGCGGACAUGCCGACGUAUGAUUACCGAAACCAGACCUUCCCGGUGAUCCUCGCCGGGAUGAGACGGGAAGACCGCGGCGCCAUACCGGCGCUGCUGGAGCAGCUCGUGGAGCGCGACUUCUUUUCGUACUUUCCUGUCAACCUCAUCACGCCGUGCAUGUACUUUCCGUCUGGCGACGCGGGCGCCGCGCGCGAGCGCGACAUCCCACCAGCAGUCAUCGCCCGCGACCGAGAGGAGUACAAUUUCCUCAUCGACGGGUGGGUGAGCAAGGACAUGCCGUCCGACUUUACAGAGUACUUUGACUUGCGCGAGGAGGAGAUGGGGUGGAAGCGCGACUUCAACCGGCUCGUCUCGGGCAUGCAUGCAGUGGUGGACUGCGAGAUCAUCGAAGAUAUCGGCCGUACCGAGGAGGGGCGGCGGCUUCGCGACGAGCCGGGCUCGAUUCUCAACCUGUACUAUGCCUACAUGCUCACCCUCUCCGCCAUCCGCGAGGGCCCCUCCUUUGAGAGUUGCGCCUAUCUGGGCGACGCCUCCAUCCCGCCGCUGAUGCGAGCGCUGACCAGCGACGACCUGCUUGCGAGCGAUUCCGUCCAAAGCGCGGCAGCGAGCUUGCGCGCACACGCCUCCUCGCCAGACUUUGCCGUCUGGAAGCUGCGCCUGCGCACGCGCCACCUCAAGCUGAUCAUGGGUUGCGUGGAGUGCAACGUGUGCAAGGUGCAUGGCACGGUCCUGGUCAUCGGGCUGGCCUCGACGCUGCAGGCGCGCCACGAGGCAGCCAAGCUCAGCCGUGCGUGCGCCACCGUCGAGCGCUUCCGCGAGUUUGACGGCGAGGACUUGUCCCAGGCCUACUUUGGCGCACCACGGCCGCACGCGGAUCCCAGCUAG